AUGAGUACAAAACUUCCUUCGUCCUUUGAUGGACCUAGCGAUGAUGAAAAUGAAAUGGAUCUCAUCCAAAAGAUGAUAUUCAAAUGUAAGCAGCAACCACUUGUUCCUCUUGGGGCUCUAGCAACAACGGGAGCCAUUAUCAUGGCUACGAGAUCAAUUAAAAGAAGAGAUAGGAUUAAGACCCAACUUUACUUCCGUUAUAGAAUUGGAUUUCAACUCUUAACACUUAUUGCAUUGGUAGCAGGAGGUCUCGCCUUCCAAGUUGAGUCGGAGCAACAGAAGAAGACAAGAGAAGACAAGUUGAGGGAGAAGGCUAAGCUAAGAGAGCUGAUUUGGAUUGAAGAGUUGGAGCGCAGAGAUGCAGAAAUUCAAGCUAGGAAGAAGAGGAUUCAAGAUGCAAAGGAAGAAUUAAUUAAUGCAGCAAAGGAUGGCUUCGAGAAAGAGAAAAAAAACGUCGAGGAGGAUGCCAAAAAACUCAAAGACUCCUUUAAAGGUUCAGGCAAUAAGUAA